UCAUAGAUUCUGUCAGUGUCAAUAGAUCGUUAAUGUUUUAAUGCUUGAAAUGAAAUAAAAAUUACUUUUAACAAUAGUUAUAAUACUAUAUUUAAGCCAAAAGGUGUUAAAUAAUAACUGCGUUUGAGCGAGUUAUAUCUUUUAGUAAAUAAAAUACAAUAAAAUGAGUUCCGGAUUUAUAUCAGAAUCCGAAAUUUUGGAAGCCAGACGUCGGCGUCAAGAAGAAUGGGAAAAAGUUCGUACAGAAGACCAACCUCAAGAAGCCCCAGAGGAGCCCUACGACACUAGGCCACUGUAUCAGCGUCUCGAAGAGCAACGCAUGAAGAAAGAGGCAGAAUAUGAAGAGGCACAUAAGCUCAAGAACAUGAUCAGAGGCCUAGAUGAUGAUGAGGUCGGUUUCCUCGACCUGGUGGAGAGGACGAAGGCGGAGGUAGCUCAGCAGAUCAGUAUCGAGGAGCAUAAAGAGAUGCAAGAGUUCAGAGAGCGUGUGUCGAAUUUGGCUGAAAGCGAAGAAAUAACGCGGCUCAGAGCUCAACUGGCGCCCACGAGGUCCACACAGACAAACACACAGAAAAAUAAACUUCAAGGAGUAGUGGUAAGGAAGAGGAAAGCUAGCGAAAUGGAGGGAGAACAGAAACAGGAGAAGGGAGCCACCCCACCCAAAAAUGGACUUGUUAGUGAGAGCGUCCCAAAAAAUGAGCAAGAAGUGGAAACGCUGGGUGCCCUGCGGUGUGUUGGCGUGCUGCCCGGCCUCGGCCACUACUCCGACAGCACUUCCGAUAGCGACGAUUCCUCUGAUAACGAUGAGAACGAUAAAUGUUGCGAGAAAAGAGAUUUGCUGGGACGGAAACCGGAGUCCAGCGACAAGAGGAAGGAGGAUUCUAAGAGUUAAACAUUAGCCAUUUAAGUGUUUUAGAAUUAUCUAUGUAUUUGUAAUAUAUUUUGAUUCCCACAAUAAAUAUAAUAUUAAA